AUGGUCUCAGCUGUUGCUGUCCUGGGCAUCACCGACUACGAACAGCCCUGCGAAGGAUUCAAUUGCACCAGUACAGCGAUGGUGGAUACGUAUUAUUCAUAUCAAAAGGCCUUUGAUCUGGUAGAACACCGCCUGGACAACUGCAGCAAUUUGGGAGUGCUGAAAGCCUCACCCAACCUGGAAAUUCUGCAGAUAUACAACUGCUCAAGUGGUGAUCUCCGCCAUCUUCCCCCUUUACCGAAGCUCAGCUAUCUACAGUUGCGAAGCGGCAAUAUUUCCGAGCUAACCGACGGACAGUUUGCCAUGAUGACCGCCCUGGACACUCUAGAGCUGGGAUACAACUCCAUAUUUAGGGUUUCCAUGGAGGCCUUUAAGGGACUGUCGCAAGUGUGGAGGCUCGGCAUGCAGAACAAUAACUUAACCAGUUUGCCUGAAAGUGUGUUUCAUUCUCUUCCAGAACUCGUCGACCUUAAUCUAGCUCGCAACCAAAUUGCGACGCUGAAGUUUAAGACAUUUUCUGAAAACCCAAAGUUGAAAUGGUUAUGUCUUCGUGAUAAUCCGUUGAUAAUGGUUUUGGCUAUACCCCUAAAACGUCUUGUUCUGCUGGACUUGACCAACUGUCGUCCCCUGGAGGAGCUGCAAAUGCACAGCGCCGAGACAGUGAUACUGGAAAAUGGCGGGGUAAGAAAAAUGGAUGUCGCGGGUAGCGUUUCCAUACUGUAUGCGCGAAAGAACCGACUAAGAUAUAUCCAAUUGGACGACAAGAUGCUGGCGAGGCAGCUUCAUCAGGCUUCCGCAUCUGUGGCAUCCACCUCGUCCACACUCACAUCCUCAUCAUCAUCCACAUCGUCAUCAUCAUCGGGCACAUCAUGA